AUGCCCGAAAGCCCCGACAUCGAUGAGAAUCGCCCACGCAAAAAGGCAGGACUCGAUCUGUCGCCGAUCGGCCACGAAGAUAUGGUGUGCUGCUUCAAUGCUGGGCUAUGGAUCAUCAUCCUCUGCGUCAUCAGCAUCCUUCUCUUCUGCGGCGGCUUCUAUUUCCAGGCCGGCUAUAAUAUAUACAAUGUGUUGAAGAUCGCCGCUUCCGUCGUCGGCAUCCUCUCAUUCUACAUUCCGCUUCUCAGAUCCAAGUUCUUCUCAUUGAUCCUACUCGUCGCAUGGAUCAUCAUCUGCGUCGUCGACAUUCUGAUAAUGGUGUUCGGCAUCAUCGACGCGUUCAAAUCGGGAAGAGACUUUGGAAGACAAAUGGCGUUGACGCUGACGUUCGGCCUCACCCAUAUGCCGAUCGACAUGUUCCUUUGUUUCAUUUAUUGCCGACUAGCUCGCGGUUAA